UAUAAUUCUGAUCAUUCAACUCUCCCAGGAAAUAUUUAGACUAAGUAAGCUCUGAUAAAGAAGAUGUUUUAAGGGGAGAUUAGCACUGGAAGAUAAUCAACAAAUUACUUGAGACUGAUUGAAAGCAAGGGACUUCUGAGGGUAUUUGCAUUUGAAGUUGGAAUAUACUGCAGCUACAUAGAUCAUAAAUAUGGCACAGGGUGGGAGAGAUGACACUGUGAUUGAUGUUGAAUCAUUGGCAUCUUCCAUGGAGAAACUACUUACUUUAUCACCUGACAGUUGUAUCUUUAGAACACCAAGCAUACUCGCUAGGCACAAACCAGAAGCAUAUAUCCCCAAUUGUUUUUCCUUUGGGCCUUUUCACCAUGAUAAAGCAGACUUGAAAGUCACAGAGACAAUCAAACUGAAGUAUUUACGAGGCGUCCUCUCCAGAUCAGAUGAUCGAAAGACAAAGUUAAGGGAAUGCCUUGGUUCCAUUCAGGAGGUUGAGGGAAAGGCUCGAGACUGUUAUGCAGGGAAGAUUGAUCAGUUUGUGGCAGAAAAUUUUGUACAAAUGUUGGUGCUUGAUGGUUGCUUCAUCAUUGAGCUACUUCGCAAGGAUGCUGAUGUGGUGCCUAGAGAGGAUGAUGACCCAAUUUUUUCAAUGUCUUGCAUGCUCCAAUUUCUUCAUCAUGACUUGAUUUUGCUAGAAAACCAGAUACCUUGGUUUGUACUGGAGCUUUUGUUCAACAAAACCAAGACCCCUUCGGAAACCAAGCCCCUGGUUGAACUUGCCCUUCAUUUUUUGGGCAGCAUGUUCUCAUAUCAUAGUCCUUUACGCACUGACCUCUUUGUGAAUCAAAAGGUCAAGCAUAUCCUUGAUCUGCUAAGGUUAUUUUUGGUUUUGCCAUCUGAAGAAGUAAAACACUACGAAAGGGAACGACGGUUAAAUCAACAAGACUUGGGGUGGCAGCCAAUCCCUUCUGCCACUAGACUUAAAGAAGCCGGGGUAAAGUUUGUAAGAGUCACAGCUGGUAGCAUUUUGGAUAUAAAGUUUAGGCAUGGUGUUUUUGAAAUCCCGUCUUUGCUCAUUCAAGAGACGACGGAAACCAUCUUUCGAAACCUCAUCAGCUACGAGCAAUGUUUACCGAAUUGUAGACCCAUUUUCACUUCCUACGCCAAGAUCAUGGACAAUCUCAUCGACACCACCAAUGACUUGGAAACGUUAUGCAAGAAGGAAAUUCUCGAUAACUGGUUGAGCCCUGAGGAUGCAGCACAUUGUUUUAACAAGCUUUACAAUGACACUUACGUGAAAGAGUUCUAUUAUUGUAAACUCUGCGAUGAGCUAAAUCAGUAUUGCCAACAACGGUGGCCCAAAUGGCGUGCUGCUUAUGUGCACAACUACUUCACCAGGCCAUGGGCUCUGGCUGCUCAAAUUUAUGCCAUCAUCAUGUUUGUGCUUACCUUCUGGCAAACCUUGAAAUAGGAUUGAUAUUGUCUCUCUAGGCCAUUUCCUGUGUGUGGUUGAUCCAAAACAUAAUAGAACGAGUGCGCUCCAUCUUUAAUUUUGAUAAGCGAUUUCUAUGUUUGCUGUGUAAAACUAUUUCUAUUUCAAGGU